AUGUCUCGAGCACCAAACUAUGAAUUUCAAGAAUGGUGGAACAAGCAGAGAGAGAAUCAGGGCGAACUCUUAUCCGAAAACCCUAACAGCUUGUUGACGGUGGAGAUCAGGAGCCCUACUGCCGAUCGGACGGCAGACAAAGAUCGUACUCGAAGCGCUCGCCAACUCUCCUGGAUUUACCUCUUGAAAUUCCAGCAAAUUGCCAAUUCAAUCGCUUUUCUAACCAAUGGCUUCGUUUCCCUACUUCGAACCGCCAAUCGUCGAAUCACGACCUCCGAUUCGCCCUCCGAUUUGGAGUCGCGGCGGCCCCAAUCGAGAUUAUAUCGUGUAAUUAAGGUCUUUUUGGUGAUUAUAGUUGUAUUAUUAGUUUUCGAGUUGGUUGCGUACUUUAAAGGAUGGCAUUUUAGUCCGCCGACAGUGGAAUCUGCGGCGGAGGUGGUGGAUUUGGUGGAAUAUUUGUAUGCGAAUUGGCUGGAGAUUAGGGCGAAUUAUUUGGCGCCACCGUUGCAGAUCUGUGGAUCGAGUGGUUUUGGUGCUUGGAUGCUUUUGGAUCAAAUUCCGGGGUUGAAGCCAGUGGCAUUUGUGGAGUACUCGGAGGAUGUGGAGAAUGUGAAUGUGGAGGAGUAUCCCAUGGUGUUGGUGCAAAUUCCGAUGUGCAAUGAGAGGGAGGUUUACCAACAAUCCAUUGCCGCAGUAUGUAUCCAGGACUGGCCAAGGGAGAGAAUGCUUGUACAAGUUUUAGAUGAUUCUGAUGAUUUGGAUGUUCAAGCUCUUAUCAAGGCAGAAGUGCAGAAAUGGCAACAGAGAGGUGUGUGCAUUUUGUAUAGGCACCGUCUCAUUCGCACAGGCUACAAAGCAGGGAAUCUCAAAUCUGCAAUGAGUUGUGAUUAUGUUAAAGAUUAUGAGUUUGUGGCAAUUUUUGAUGCUGAUUUUCAACCCGGGCAGGAUUUCUUGAAGAAGACCAUCCCUUAUUUCAGGGGACAUGAUGACCUAGCGUUGGUCCAAACAAGGUGGGCUUUUGUGAACAAGGAUGAGAACUUGCUUACAAGAUUGCAGAAUAUAAACUUAGCCUUCCACUUUGAAGUUGAACAACAAGUUAAUGGAGUGUUCAUCAACUUUUUUGGUUUCAAUGGAACUGCUGGUGUAUGGAGAAUCAAGGCCCUUGAGGAAUGUGGUGGUUGGUUGGAACGAACAACUGUUGAAGACAUGGAUAUUGCUGUCCGUGCUCACCUUUGUGGAUGGAAGUUUAUAUAUUUAAAUGAUGUAAAGUGCCUAUGUGAACUCCCAGAAUCCUAUGAGGCAUACAAGAAGCAGCAACACCGCUGGCAUUCAGGUCCAAUGCAAUUGUUUCGCUUGUGCUUCGUUGACAUACUGCACUCGAAGGUGAGCUGGGUUAAAAAAGCCAAUAUGAUAUUUCUUUUCUUCCUCCUGCGGAAGCUUAUCCUGCCUUUUUAUUCAUUCACACUCUUCUGCAUAAUUCUCCCCCUUACCAUGUUCCUGCCAGAGGCCCAAUUACCGGUUUGGGUAGUUUGUUAUGUCCCUGGACUCAUGUCUAUCUUGAACAUCAUUCCGGCUCCACGGUCAUUUCCAUUUAUAGUGCCCUAUCUUUUAUUUGAGAACACCAUAUCGGUGACCAAAUUCAAUGCCAUGAUAUCAGGAUUGUUCCAAUUGGGAAGUUCUUAUGAGUGGAUAGUUACUAAAAAAUUGGGCAGAUCAUCAGAGGCAGACCUAUUUGGCAUGAUGGAAAAUGAAUCCCAACCUCUAGCCGAAAGUACCAAUCUCCACAGGUCCUCUUCAGAAUCGGGUCUUGCUGAGCUUAACAAAUUAGAGAUGAACAAGAAAACUGGAAAACAUAAAAGAAAUCGUCUGUACAGGAAAGAACUUGCCCUAGCAUUUAUUUUGUUGACUGCAUCAGUGAGAAGCUUGUUGUCUGCCCAGGGAAUACACUUCUAUUUCCUAUUGUUUCAAGGGGUCACAUUUUUGGUGGUUGGUCUUGAUUUGAUUGGAGAACAAGUGAGUUAG